AUGAUAGAUGCUAUCUAUAUUUCAAACAUUGAUGGAACAGAAGGUAUUGUAUUUUAUGAAAAUGAGUGCGUUGAUAUUAUUGAAAAAAUAAAACAAAUUUUAAAUAAAAACAAACACGAUGCAACAUUUAAAAUCCAGUUAGAUAAUUUAAACAAGCAUAUCAAUUCAUUUAAUGAUGCCAAAAAAAAUUUUAGAGAAUUGUUUUUUAAUAUAAUAAAAAAACAAUAUAUAAAUAAAAGUAAAUUAAUCUAUACAGAUGCUGUAUUAAAUGAGUUCAAAGAAUAUAUAUCUAAACUUGAAAAUAUUCAUAAAAAUUUGCAAAAAAUUUGGAAAGAAUUGGAAAAUAAAUAA